AUGGGUGAAUCCUUUUCCCUUUCGAAGAUCAAUCCUAAGCUCUUAAGGCGGAUCUGUACGCCUACAUUGACGGAGCCCAACUUGGCUCUUAAUCUUGAAAUCUGUGACUAUGUCAAUGCCAAACAGGGCUCUACGCCUAGAGAAGCUGCUGUGGCUGUGGUGAAACUUAUCAACCAGAGAGAUCCACAGACUGCUGAGUUGGCGCUUGCGCUUUUGGACCACUUGGUCAAGAACUGUGGGUACCCAUUCCAGCUCCAGAUCUCUCGUAAGGAGUUCUUGAACGAAUUGGUGAAGAAGUUCCCAGAAAGACCUACGUUGCGUUAUUCUCGUGUCCAGCGUCUUAUCUUGGCCCAGAUUGAAGAGUGGUACCAGACCAUUUGUAAGACUUCCAAGUAUAAGAGCGACUUCGGCUACAUCAGAGAUAUGCACCGUUUAUUGGCCAACAAGGGGUAUGUGUUCCCUGAGGUCAAUGUUGAAGAUGCCGCUGUUUUGAACCCAUCCGAUACGCUUAAGUCGUUGGACGAUAUCCAGAAAGAGGAGGCCGUGGUGCACAGCGCCAAGUUGCAAGAGUUGAUCAGAAGAGGUAAGCCACAAGACUUGCAGGAGGCCAACCGUUUGAUGAAGCUUAUGGCUGGAUUUAAAGACAAUUCGGAGGAGAACAAGAAGAAGGUCACUGACGAUGUGGCCCGUUUGAAGAGAAAGACCGAGAUUUUUGCUGAAAUGCUCAAUUCCGUCGAAACUUCAGGCGCUGGCAUUUCCAAUGACAACGAGACCAUUUCUGACCUUUAUGGACAGAUCAAGUCAUCCCAUCCAAUCGUUACGAAGAUUGUCGAGGAAGAGCACGACGACGAGAGCUACGUGCUGGAGCUCUUGGGCCUCAAUGACUUUAUCAACCAAUUGUUGGAGAAAUACCAGUUGUUGAAGACAGGCAACUCUGAACAGGCCGCCCAGAUCAAGGUCAGCGGCGGUGCGCUGGGCGCUGCGGCCGCCAAGGAGUUGAACUUGAUCGACUUUGACGACGACGAACCGCUUACUGGUGACAACACCGGUAAAGACCAGCAGGGUUACAACGACUUGCUCAGCGACUUGAGCAAUUUGAACUUUGGCGGUGGUGGAGCCCCCUCGUCCACCGCUGGCGGUGUCAACCCCUUGGACCUUUAUGGAGCUGGUGGCUCUAUCUCUCUCGGCGCACCUUCUGCUCCUUCUCAGCCUGCUCCAUCUAUUGGCUCGAGUGCUUCCCAGCAAUCAUCGUCUCUGCAAGCACCUCAGAAGUCUGCUUUUGACUUUGACUUGCUCUCAGACUUUAAGUCUCCAUCGCCAGAGCUCCAAAGCAACAAUAACACAUUCAACUCUGCUAGAGCCUCUCAGGUGCAAACCUCAGGCAAGCAGAAUGCCCAAUCGAUUAUUGAAGUGGAUGGCUUCAAGGUCGAGGCUGAACCUCAUAGCGACUCGUCGCCUACUUUCUACAAGGCUCGUUUGUACAUGAGCAACACUCUGGACGUGACCAAAUCGGACGUUUUGCUCUCGAUUGCCGUGCCAAAGGGAUGCAAGUUGGACUUGAAGCCACAAAGCGGGAACCUUAUCUACGGCCACACCACAAGACACAUUUCCCAGGAUGUCACCAUAGAAAACCCUGCAAACAAGGCGUUGAAGGUGAAGUGGAAGCUUCUGUACACUGCUGCUUCUAGAGCUCACGAGCAGACUGGCGUGAGCGUAUUGACUGAAUAA